CUGAUUCAUUUCCAUGACUAAAUACCUGCCGAGAUCAGGGACAGUGGCUCCACAGGCGGCGCAGGCGCAGAGCCUCCCCGGGGGGGGCGGUUGGGGGGGCGGGGAGGGCGUGUCGGCCCCACGCCAUUGGGCGAGACGCGUGGGGUUAUCCGUGCCGAUGGAGGGAGGCAGGUCCGGCUUUAAAGAGCUCGCCGGUGCCGUGCCGGGCUGUCUGUGCGUGUGUGCGGCUGCCGUGUAGCUCAGCAGUUUUUCUUCCCGUCUGCAUGUGUUUAGUGUUGCGACAGUGUUGAGGCAGGGAGAGUGGUUCGGACGAGAUGACGCCAGUCGUGCGUUUUUCGUUUUAAGUUUGUCAUUGUCCUUUUUUUUUUUCUUAAAAAAGCCUCUUUUUUUUUUUUUGGAGUGUAGUGUAAGUGUGUGCGAUUGGCCAGAUGAAGGAUCUUCUCCCGGGGAUGUUUGGGCUGGAAGGAGGGUGGAAUAUUUCCUUCGCCGGCUGCGGAUUUCUGGGGGUGUACCACAUCGGGGUGGCCAGCUGCCUGCUGGAGGUCGCCCCUCACCUGAUCAGGGACGCCAACAAGAUCUACGGGGCGUCCGCAGGUGCCCUCACGGCUGCGGCCAUCGUGAGCCGUGCUUGUUUGGCCCAGUGCUGUGAAGAUGUCAUGGAAGUGGCAAAGGAAGCCAGGAAGCGGAACCUGGGCCCCCUGCACCCCAGCUUCAACAUGGUGAAGAUCCUGCGCAGCGGGCUGCACCGCGCCCUGCCCCACGACGCCCACCUGCUGGCCUCGGGCCGCCUCUGCGUCUCGCUCACCCGCGUGUCCGACGGACAGAACGUGCUGGUGUCCGACUUCAGCUCCAAGGAGNNNNCUUUGCAGGCGCUGAUUUGCAGCUGUUUUGUGCCCAUUUACUGCGGCCUGAUCCCGCCCCUGUUCCGCGGCGUGCGUUAUGUGGAUGGAGGAAUAAGCAAUAACCUGCCCCAGUAUGAACUGAAGAACACCAUCACCAUCUCCCCUUUCUCUGGAGAGAGUGACAUCUGCCCCAGGGAUAACUCCACCAACUUCCAUGAGCUGCGGGUCACCAACACCAGCAUCCAGUUCAGCCUGGACAACCUGUACAGGCUGACCAGAGCGCUCUUCCCCCCUGAGCCCAAGAUCUUGGCUGAAAUGUGUCAGAGUGGAUACAAGGAUGCACUUCGAUUCCUGAAAGAGAACAGUAAGCUCUUCCCUACUUACAAAAACGCCGGAAAAUCGGAUUUCUUUGUUUUACUUCUGAAGUGCAGCGCAGGCUCGUUUGUGGUGCAUCCUGGGUUGUGGUGCAUCCCCCGGUGCAUCCUGGGUUCUUUUAAAUGUGCUGUAGCUCGGAGCUGCUCCGCGGCACGGGAGGCCUGCGUGUGGAAAUGGGGUGUUCUGGGAUAUGUGUCCACAGUGUUCUUCGAGGCCUGCGAGGAGAGGAAGGGGCUGUACGCCCAGCUGACCAGCCUGCUGCCCAUGCGCGUGGCCUCCUACGUGCUCAUGCCCUACACCCUUCCUGUGGAGUCUGCGUACUCGGUGGCACUGAGGCUGGUGGAGUGGCUGCCGGAGCUGUCGGACGACGUGCGCUGGAUGUGCCACCUGGCCGGCUCGGUGUACAGACGGGCCUGGGGGAGGGCGGCACCUGACGCGCCCAGCCGGACGCCUCUCCGCAAGUGCAUGAGCCUGCCCCCGGCGAUGGAGACGCAGCGCCCCGGUCUGGGCCUGCGGGGGAACCCCCACUUGUCCUCCGCGGAGCUGGAGGCCUGGUACUGGGGCCUCCCCGGCUCGCCC